AUGCCGCCCUUUGAGGGGGCAGAGUGGGAAAGAGCAAUGCCGAGAUGUGAGGCAGUGCAGGUGAGCGUUCGGGAAGGCCGGCGUUUCGCACUGCUUUCCCAGCCUGUGGUUUUGUCUUGUCAGUACACAAGCACUUCUACCCGUACCCCAGUGGUGCAGUGGUGGUACAAGUCAUACUGCCAUGAUAGCAGCUUUCCAGAUUCCCUGGAGGUCCGGGGGUCAGAACUCGGGCCCUCCUCCGACAAGGACUGCAGCGACGCCAACCGGACGGUUCGGAUUGUGGCCUCAGGGCAGGGAUCCUCUCUCUUCAUUGCAAAGUACUGCAAAGAAAGAGACAUCUCCAUUAUUAAACAGGCUGACCUGCGUAUUGGAGAGGUGCGAUGGGGUGACAGCGGUAUUUAUUACUGCAGGGUGGUGUUCGCUGAUGACUUGGAGGGCCUGAAUGAAGGUCAUGUGGAACUCCUGGUUUAUGCCUUCAUGAAAAUUGGAUCCACAGCAGGAAUAAUUGGAGGCUGUGCGGCUGUUCUCCUCCUUCUGGUUGUCGUGAUCUGCUGCUGUUGCUGGUGGAAAAAGAAAAAGUCUGAAGAGCGACCUGAGGAGGGUGGGUACACAGAUAAAGGGCAGCACGAGUUUGAAGAACUCCAAGAGAAGCGUGAUGAGAGCCAACCUCGUGAUGAAGAUGACCGGCGAGAGGAUCCACAGGGCCGAGCAGAUAACUGUCUGUAUAAAUCAGAUAACUACGAUAACCGGCGAAGCGAACGCUAUGACGAUAAGCCUAGUGAUCGUUAUGAUGACCGAAGGGCUGACCGUUACGACGACCAGCGUAAUGACUAGGAUGAUGGACUAAAUGAUUGAUACGAUGACGACCUACGAUGAGUUCCUACGAUGACAGAUGAAGUGACCAAUACGAUGAUCGGCGAAGUGAAAAAACAGUUGACGAGACCGUUAUGAUGACCGCAGAGACCAUUAUGACCAGCCUGAUGAUCGCCAUGACGACUGCAGGAGACCCAAGUGUUCCUGCUCUUAAGCCACAUAGAUACUAGAAUGUCUUUUUUUUUGCAUUUAAUUUUAUAUUUAUGAAUUAAUCAGUUGCCAAUUUUUUUUUUUUUUUUUUUUUUUGA